AAAUCCACCUCAUAAUGGACAGUAACAUUUGUAUUCCAUCCUGACUCAUUGUUUGCCGUGUUAAAAUGAAGACUUUUGUUGUUAUUGCUAUAUUUUCAGCGCUCAUUACUGCAGCUGCACCACCAACUCCAUGUGAUACGUGCCAAGAUAAUCACUGCCAGAAGACGCUGGGCCCCAAGGGUGUUUACGAUUGUAUCUAUAAGUUUUGCAAAGUCGAGUGUUCUAUUCCAGAUGAAGGGGCACCAGAUCUAACGACGACGGAGUAUAAUUAGCUAGCGCUAUCUCGAUGAAGCCUUUGGCAAGUAAUCAGAUGCUAAUGUAAUUCACAAAUGAACAGUCUAUAUGAGGACGUAGCUCAGUAAAACUGUAUCUAAUUUUAAUAUAGCUGUUUUAAAAUUAU